GGACUGGAGAAUUCUCAUAAUGGGCAUGAAAACUUGGAGGUCCUGCCUUCAAAGACAGCCUGCAAUUUGGAGAAAAAGAAAGUGGAAUUGUUAGCAAGAAAAAUCUCAUUGGCAAGUACUCCAGCAAGAACAACAACUAAUGGAAGAGAAAAAUAAAUGUAAGAAAGCUCUUUUGGCAAAAGCUAUUGCAGAAAGAUCUAAAAGAACUCAAGCAGAGACUAUGAAACUAAAGCGGAUCCAGAAGGAGUUACAGGCUUCAGAUGACAUGGUUUCAGCUGACAUUGGAAUCCUCAGGAACCGGAUUGACCGGGCCAGCCUAGAGUAUUCAUAUGCACGGAAGUGAUUUGACAGAGCUGAAACUGAGUAUGUUAAUGCAAAGCUAGAUUUGCAGCGCAAGACUGAGAUAAAGAAGCAACUCACUGAACACCUCUGUACCAUCAUACAGCAGAAUGAGCUCCGAAAGACCAACAAGUUGGAGGAGUUGAUGCAGCACCUUGAUGUGCAGCCUGACGAGGAGUCCCUGGACCUUAAAGUAGAGAUGGAAGUAUUGCAUUGUGAACAGGAGGCAGAGGCAAGGAAGCAAAUGGUUGCUGUAGAAAGGCCAUGUCAGCCUGCCCCAGAGGGUGUGACUCCAGGGCUUACUAAAAAGAGCAAAACCUCUCAAGAACAAGCUGUUUCCCCAAAGGGUGCUGAACAGUGUGAAAAUUCCAGUAGCUUCUCCCAUCCAAGUCCAGACUACACAAUUCAAGAAGUUAAUGAUAUUUCAGCUGCUCUCACCUCAUGAAGAGUCAGUGUUCUUGUCAUCUGAUGAUACUGAGUACAGUGUAUUUUCUGCAGUAGGUUGUGCACUGACCUCUAGUAAAAUCCUUGUAAAACUUAAUGUUUGGAUCUGUAACUAGCAUGUGAAUAUGUUUGAUCUUCCUAAUUGUAAUUUUAUAGCUAUGUAGCAUGUUUCACCUUGAUUUUGGCCCAGUUCUUUCAGUAUUCUUUUAACUGUUGUUGGGUUAAAAUAAAUGGCAGAAUGGAAUAGCCUGAUGUCUUUGUUCCAUCCUUAACCCCACAAAAAAGAAAACUACAUGGUUGGGGUGGCUUUAGACCAGGUACAUAAAACUACACUAAAGCAGGAUGUAGUAACACACACCUGUCACACCAGUACUUGGAAGAUAGCAGGAAGACAGAGUUCAAGGCCAGCCUGGGCUGUAUAGCUUGAUAAUGUCUUCAAACACCAA